AUGAGCGAUAAACCAGUUCUACUCUUCGUUCACGGAGCAUGGCAUCCCCCAAAAUGCUAUGACGCCAUAAAAUCUGCCCUCACCAACCUCGGCUACGAAUGCACCAUCCCGAAACUUCCCUCCGUAGGUCCUGAAAGUCACGGCGUGACGUGGGAAGCAGACAAAGCGAAGAUCAUCGAAACAGCAGAGCCUUUCUUCAGCCAAGGUCGUGAGGUCGUUCUCAUCGCUCACUCCUACGGCGGCAUUCCCGCGACUGCUGCCACUGAGGGUCAAGGCGUAGAAGAACGUGCGAAACGCGGCUUCAAGGGUGGAUUCCACUCAAUUAUUUUCUUAGCUGCGUUCGCUAUCCCGGUCAAGGGCUGGGAUCUUAUCACGACGUUUGGUGGGGGUUAUCCGCCCUGGCUGCAGGCUGGCGAGAAGUACACAAAGAAUCAGAUUACUAGGAUGGCGGAGGGAGCGAGGCAAAGUGUGUACAGCGGAUGCAGUGAAGAAGCGAUAGAUCAGGCUUUGCAGGCUACGGAGCCGCAUUCGCAGGAUGCAUUUGAGACGAGUCUAGACUUUAUCGCAUCGGAUAUCACUAUCCCGAAGACAUACAUCAUUUGUGAAAAUGAUCAACUUAUCUUGCUGCCUCUUCAGGAAAAGCUUGUAGAGUCAACGCCUGGGAUGAGGUCUGCAAGGUUGGCGGCAGGUCAUAGUCCGUUCGUGGAGAAGACGGACGAAACAGCAGAACUAAUUGUAAAGAUCGUCGAGGGCAAAUAG